GCAAACAUAACCUGCAACGAUUUGUUUGAAUUUUGUGUAUAUGUUUGAAAGUCGUGGAGGCCCUAGGUUAAGGAAAAUAGUGUUAAAUUAAUACAGUUAUGACUGAUUUUCUACUUGGGUAUCGAGAAGUAAUACCUGAUCUAACUGCACCAGAAUUAUGGAAAGAAAUAAAUUUAAAUACAGGCGGUACUCAAAGCACCCUCCAAGACAUAAAAGUCGCAGAAAAAGCCAAUGGUUAUUGCUAUAGAGACGCGUCUAAGUAUUAUACAAGAAAUAGAUUCAUUUACUGGCGCAAAAAUCAUGAUGCAUUAGAGUUAAUUGAACACAGUUUAGAUGUGAAUUUAACUGGUAAUAAGUUGAAAUAUCGCUUCGUUGAUACGCCAAUUUUAGAUGGAAUAAGUAUACAUGAAACCUACAAUGCUGUUGUAAUCUUGGUCCCAACUGUUUGUAGUGUACAUCGUUUAAUUUUUCCUCAUCCAGACAGAUUACAUAAACAGGAUGAAUUACUUAAUUCACAUCCAGGGUUAACAUUCCCUUCAAUAUUUUGCGAUGCAACAGCAUCCCAUGCCAGAGAUUUAUCUGCAUUUUAUAUCUUCAAUAAUCCAAGUACUGCUGGUUCUCAUCUACCUCAUGUUGGUGCUUCCUUACUGACUUUAGAAGAAGAUGCAAUUUUUGUGUUGAGUUAUCCAACAGAAGAAUUGCUAUUAGUGAAACAAUUAGCUGAUGGUACUAAUGUGUCAAUUGAACUGAAACACGAAAGUAUUGUGCCUAGAUUUCUAUCUGGUAUCGCUCAAAAGUUUAGAUCUCGUCAAAAUGACGCAGGUGUUAUUGUCAGUGUCUUAUUACAUACCAUUAAUUUAGAAACAUAUGCCUUUACAUUGUCUAGGGAUGGCCACUUGCGUAUAUGGUCUUGCUCCAAGGCACAAUGUGUCUCUGAUACUGACAUUUUAGUGGAAGCUGGUGAUAAUGGGAGACACAUGUUACAUGGUGGUCAAAAUCAUAUUUUAAGAAAGGCAAUGGGUAAUAACGAGGCAGAUUUAAUUUUGGCUGUUUACAUGUAUUUUACAACUGAAUGCCAGUUUCAUAUUUUAAAACCAAGUGUUGUUAUUGGGAUGCAGUUCCAAGUUACAAGAAUCAAUACCUUAUAUCCUCCUGGUCGAGAUUUAGUUGAUUUUACUUUAACACCUUCACGUAUUUGGUCAUUGUGGAGGACAGAGGAAGGUGAUACAAGUGCAUACACUGCCAUUUUGGAUACAAAAAGGGGAUCUGUAUGGAUACCUGUAACUUUAGAAUCUUUCCCUGAUAUCAAUCCGAUUUUGGAAAAAAAUGAAAUAGAGCCAAAACAAGCGUAUCUCGAUUACAUAUUUUACCCUGGUCGAUUUCCUCUUAAUGUAAUCAGUAAAGCACUGAGUAUUUAUAAACGAUCGUCUAUUUUGAGCGAUGUUUCACUUUCUGCAAAUGUAUUAAAGCAACGAGUAGCUAUGGCUGUUGAAAGUGAAAUUCAGGAAAAAUUAAAAGAAACAGAAGUCAGUGACGAAGAUUAUUUAGAAUGUGCAUCUUGGUGUUGGGCACGUUUUCACACUUGUUGCAUACAAUAUCACGCUGCCGGACUUCGUCCUUUGGGUCUCCUUUUACUUCCCUCCGUUUCAGGAGCAGUUAUUUUAAAGAAAUCGUUCUUUUCGUUUUUAAGGCCUUUAGACGCUUUAGAACAUUUGAUGUUAUGCAAUGAAUAUUCGUCUAUGGAACAAUUCAUACACCAUCCCCUCUUAUCUGAUAAUUUUGAUGUAAUUGAAGAUGUGAUUCAGCUUAUGGACGUUAUUAUGUACGUUGAAUCACAACUAAGUGAAGAAUUCAAAGAAAUUUUUAGAAGUGAAAUGGAGUACUUAAAAUCCCCGGAUAUUAUAAUGUCCGAAUUAAUUACAGAAAUACAGAGUGAAUUAGACGAAGAGUUUACAUUUUCUAUUGCUGAAAAGCUUAAUAAUUGUACAGAUAUUUAUCAAGCAAUGCACAAAUUGCUUGAGAUGUUAAGGGUUGAUAAUCAAGUCGACGUUGAAGCAAGUGGGGACUAUAAAGAAGAUGCCAUCUACACUAACCACUUAUUCAGCUCUCAACUGGGCGUGUCUACAUUGGUUCAAUGUUUGCAACAGCAAGCACACACGAGGUUUGCAAUAUGUCGAAAUCUCCUCAUCGUUGAAAAUUUAUUGCUAAAACGUAGUGAUAGGGAUUGGAACGUUUUAGAAGCUAUACGAUCCAUCUGUUCUCCAGAAAUGGUUGUUUUAACACAAGCAAGUUUUGUCAUGUACUACUUCAGUACUUUGCCUUCAUAUCCCAGUACUCCUUCAGACGCUAUGACCCAACGUCUUGCCCCUUUAAAAUUGGCACCUGUUUUUAAUUUAAGAAAAACAUCGAAUCAAAAUAUUUUCCUUUUGGAACAUUUUGUAUCAUCGACCUUCGGUUUAGAGGCUUAUAAGAAUCUAAUUAGGACAUCGUCAGAUGAAGAUACUAUUACACAUUGGCAUGUGUCAUUGCUUUCAGUGUUACAACAAAUUGGGACUGCAAUUUGGCCAAUAAGUGUUAAUUCAUCUUUUGCUGAAUGGCUUUUAAGUAGUUGCCAACACUUAUGGUUACAACAGUAUGUUCGUUUGCUGAACAACUGGUGUGAAUGGAACAUUUGUACAAGAAAUUUUCUAUUGGCGGUCAUGUUUUUAACUAACGGUGAGUUUCACAAAGCCGAAGAUCUGUUUUUGGAAGCGGUAAAAGGAGUUUGUACUGACAAAUUUCUCGGGGAACAUAUACUGACUAAUCCAGAAUUUCGCACGCAGGAAAGAGCUCCGGUUGCUUAUUAUUUAAAGGUAAUACAGUUAUUUGAGCUUCAUGGCGCUCGCGAUUGUGCCAUAAACGUUGCAAAAACUGCCUUAACGAUCGCAGACAAAGAUGAUCCUAUAGUAGCCACUCUUCAUUCUAUCAAAUUCAUUCAUCAUCUAUCGCUUGGUCACUAUGAUCGGGCCUAUGAUUCAUUAAAUACAAAUCCAGACACAGAUCGUAAAAAAGACAAUUUAAGAGAUUUGGUUAAAGUUUUACUUGACAAGAAACGAAUCGAUAUACUGAUGUCUUUCCCUUACACUGACAUGGAAGAAUUAUUUUGUAGCAUACUGUUCACUCGAGCUAGGGCUACCGAUUCAGUGUAUAAUGUUUAUUAUGAUUGUUUAUAUGCAUAUCAAAUAAAAAGAGGAAGUCCGUUCAUGAGACUAGCUGCAUCAAUUAUGUACGAACAAGCAUUUCGUCUAACAGUUUAUAACACUAUUGAGGCCCUAGAAAUGCAAGUCAAAUGUUAUUUAGCUGCUAUUAAUGCUCUUUAUCUUUGCGAUAAAAUGUUUGCGUGGGUGGUAAGACCUGCCGAUCCUGACUUAGAGAUGGAAGAAGUAUUUUGGCCAUCAAGAAUCUGUUCUAACGAGUCAAUAGAGAGUUUCAAAAUUAAAAGAGAAAUUGAAGUUGUCGGCAUCGAAGAUAUAAAAAAGGAACUUGAAUUUACUAGUGCUCGUUUAAAAUUAGUACGGUUUAAUAGUUCUGCCAUGACUAAUCAUCUAAUACUACCUUCAGAACUGGUUAUAAUACUGUCAACUACAGGUCUUUUUAAAUGGGCUAUUACGUUAUGCACAACUUUUGAUUUGUCUUUGGCUCCUAUUUUUGAUAAUCUAACGCGACAAUGUGUCCUUCUGACUGAUUUUGAUGAUCCAAACGCGUGGACAUGGCUCAUUGAAAAUGAUAUACACGACUUGAACGUUGUUGGAAAAUCAUCAGCUGACGUUGCUUGGGCGUAAAAUUCUAGAGAACCUAUAUUGAAACAUUUAUUAGAGGAAUAUGAAGAAAAAAAUAUGUCUAGAUGGCAUAAAAUCGUUUGCGCUAAAAUUAUAAAUAUGGGAGUUUAUAUACCCCAAUGGUUAUGGUCAUCUUAUCAAAAAAGAAAUCCAGCAGAAUUAUUGAGAAUGUUACAUAUGGCUGGUAGAUUGGAUGAAGCGGUUCUUUUAACAAAGGAUUACAUUUUAGCAGCUUUGGGCCAUGGAAAAGAGCUUUUUAAUUUCAAAUAUUCUCUUUUACAUUCAGCCCCAGCUUUCUGUCUACCCACAAACGCCAUCGAAAGUCUUCUAUAUGAACUCGAAUUACAAAAUCAGGACUUAGAAAAACCAUUUGAAAAGGAGUAUCAACUUUUGCGAGAGCUUUUCGAGAAAUAUGUUGAGACAUCGGUACGAAUAACAAACGAAUUUACCAUGACGACAUCAAAAUUUGAUUUAACUUAGUGAAAAAUAAAACUUUUAUUUAUAAACAAAUAAUUCGUGGACGGUA